GCACUGAAAAGUUAAGAUAAGAGCAAGAAAAAACGAUGACGCUCUUAAUGAACCCAACACAACACAAUCCCAACGUCUCUCUGCAACAACACUCAAACCCCACACUGGACACCAUCUCCCUCAUGAAGCAAGGCUUCCUCAUGAUGGAGGAGGACUUUGAGAGAGGACCAAGAUACCAUGCAUACGCUGCGUUGAGGGAAACAAAGCUUCGCAUGAAGUACACGAGACAACAAGAAUACGAACAAGAAGAAGAAAAAGAGGGUGUUGUUGAAGCAAAGGUCUUAACUUUAACCCCACCAAGAAAAAAACAAGUCAAGUUUCAAGAUGGUGGUACUGGUGUGGUUUCUGGGAGAAAAGGGUCAUCAUAUUCAUCCUCAUCUUCUCUUGUGGCACAGUCUGUGCCGGAUUUUUCUGCUGUGCUGAGGAAGGAGAAUAGGAAGCCGGUGAAUGGUAACGUGUUACCUCCUUUGAUGGAGUUGACACCUCCUUCUUCCAAGGGUGUUCUGUCGAGUGCGAGAGGGAGUAAGUCAGCGAAUGCUGGUGAGAAGAGAAGGGCUGUUGGUGGUGGUGUUCUCAUGCCGAGGAAGAGCUAUGCCAGUAUUGAUGAACUAAAGAGUUUGCCUAAUGCCAUCAAUGGUGAGAACAGAGGAGGAAGGAGUAGCAGGGUCAUCACAAGAAAGACUGUUUUAGGGUAUAGGCACAUUUGAGGAGUGUAAUGGUGUUUCCUUAAACCCUUUGAUUUUAUUUUAUUUGUUCAUUUUUGUUGUAGCUUUGCUGAUAGAUCUUUACUUUUCAUUCUUUCUGGUUUCAAUUUUUUUUUUAAUUUUUUGUUUUUUCGGGAGGGACUUAAAGUAUUGUGUAAGUGUAAAGCUAGUAUGAUUUGAGCGAGUAUUCAUCACCAUGACAGUUUUAAAGAAGGACUUGGCUAGGUGUGUUUUGGAAUAAAAGUAUUUUUUUUUUU